UCAUUCUAUCUUUAUUCGUUUCAGACAAUCUUGAAACUUCCAACUCACACUUCACACACACACACUCUCUCUCACUCUACCUUCAUCUUUCUUUCCCAAAGCAUUUCCUUCUUCUGUUACGAGUCGGUGUUCGAUCGAAGAUGGGAGGAUCUGGAUCCGGAUCUGGUGCCGGUGAUUUUCUUAUGGUGCUUAUCAGAAACAUUGAUGUUCUUGCUGGGCCUGUGGUUAGUCUUGUUUAUCCUCUAUAUGCUUCGGUUAGGGCAAUUGAGAGCAAGUCCCCUGUGGAUGAUCAGCAAUGGCUAACCUAUUGGGUUCUGUACUCCAUGAUCACUCUUUUUGAACUUACUUUUGCUAAAAUUCUUGAAUGGAUUCCUAUAUGGCCAUAUGCAAAGCUGAUUCUAACCUGCUGGUUGGUCCUUCCUUAUUUUACUGGCGCGGCUUAUGUUUAUGAGCAUUAUGUAAGAGCCUUCUUGGCAAAUCCUCAGACCAUUAACAUCUGGUAUGUUCCAAGGAAAAAGGACGUCUUCUCUAAGCCAGAUGACAUUAUAACUGCUGCAGAGAAGUAUAUCAAAGAGAAUGGAACAGAAGCAUUUGAGAAUCUGAUCCAUAAGGCUGAUAAAUCACAGUGGGGAGGUAGUCACCAUACAAAAUCACAAUGGGGCGAUAGUCACCAUACAAUGUACGACGAGCAUUAUUGAAUGCAAUCUUGUAGCUUCUGCCUCUUGGGGGAUAAGGGGGUGCAUGUACAUGUUAACGUGUGACUGAUUUUGAGUCUGUUUUCCGCGGAGAUAUUUAAGGUUCUUGUCACCUUUAUCUGCUGUCAUGUAACUUUUAUAGGAGUAGUCAUAUAUGUUAUGUUUAAUGGUUAUAAAACGUAUGGUAUGUAGAUUAUGUUGCUACAACAAUGGAAACUUCUUGAUUUUCUCUUGUUGAAGUGUAAUAAAGUCAUCGUAAUUAGAGUA